UGGGACACGCCUUUCAAUAACCAACUAACGAAGAGUAUAACGCUCUAUCGUGGUGCUAAUCUAAAUGGUGAACAAAUCGCCACCUAUACAGAUUUAUCUACACAUCCUGAUGAAUACUGUUCAUUUCAAGCGUUCACAUCAUGCAGCCGAAAUCGUGAAUUUGCAGAAACGUUUCCAAACACAAGUGUCUUGUUCAUCAUGCACGUAAAAUGGGCUUUCACUGUCAAUCUAAGUCCAAUAUCGCAAUACCCUGAAGAAGCGGAAGAGCUUAUAACUCCAGGUGUGUGUUUCAGUGUAAAGCGUGUUGAAUAUGACAUGAACAAAAAGAAACACUUGAUUUCCUUGGAAUUAUGUCAACGGUUUUAUGGUAAGUAUGAGGAUUGAUUGAAGAAGGA